AUGGGGACCGGUGAGGUGGAGAAGCAGCCAGGCAUCGGCCCCUCUGCUGUCACCCUCCGUGGCUUCCUCUUCAGGGAGGGUGACAGCGUAGAUGUGCUCAACCUCUCCGGAUUAGAGCAACAGCCACUUCAUUUUAAUCAGGGAGCUAAUGGCUCCCUGAAUGCCUCUUUCCUGGCGAUCUACAUCCGGUGUCUCCAUAAACAUCUUCCACUGGUCUUUCAAACUUGUUUCAACUUCUUGCUUCGAAAGUGCUCCUUGGUCCUCUGGUUCGACGAUAGGGAAAAUGCAGUAAAGAUCAUUAAAUCGCUUAGGAGGCUGCCUGCCGGCUCAGUGAACAAAGUAAUAACAAUCACUCAUGAAGGAUGCAGUGGGGCCUGGUGCUUAAGAUUUUGGAUUCUGGCUUUGACCUGCCUAGCUGUCACCCUGCUCUGUGGCUGUGGGCUGCUUGGAGUGGGCAUCUGGCUCUCCGUGUCCCAAGGCAACUUUGCCACCUUCUCCCCCAGCUUCCCUUCGUUGUCUGCAGCCAACCUGGUCAUCGCCAUAGGCACCAUUGUCAUGGUGACGGGCUUCCUCGGCUGCCUGGGGGCCAUCAAGGAAAACAAGUGCCUCCUUCUCAGCUUUUUCGUCGUCCUGUUGGUCAUCCUCCUAGCAGAGCUGAUCUUACUCAUCCUCUUCUUUGUUUACAUGGACAAGGUGAACGAGAAUGCCAAGAAGGACCUGAAGGAAGGCCUGCUGCUGUACCACACCGAGAACAACGUGGGGCUGAAGAACGCCUGGAACAUCAUCCAGGCCGAGAUGCGAUGCUGUGGCGUCACUGACUACACAGACUGGUACCCAGUGCUGGGGGAGAACACGGUUCCCGACCGCUGCUGCAUGGAGAACUCCCAGGGCUGCGGGCGCAAUGCCACCACGCCGUUGUGGAGAACGGGCUGCUAUGAAAAGGUGAAGAUGUGGUUCCAUGACAAUAAGCACGUGCUGGGCACGAUGGGGAUGUGCAUCCUCAUCAUGCAGAUCCUGGGCAUGGCCUUCUCCAUGACCCUCUUCCAGCACAUCCACCGGACUGGUAAGAAGUACGACGCGUGAGCAGGCUGGCCAGGAGUGCCCACCCCACCCUGCUGCCCUGUGGAGGGAAGAGGAUUGAGCUUUGUGUCGCCUGCCUGCACUCUCCAGAUGUGACCCCUGCACCCACCCACCCCAGCCUACCCUACCCCACCUACCCUGCCUCAGCCUCGGACUUCUCAGUGGGUGGAGUGCCAGGGAGGAGGAGGCACACAGAGACCUGGGGCUCGGGGCCCCUGGAUUCCUGCAUCUGCAUAUGCGUAUUUGCCAAAGACGACAGGGUGGGCUGGGGUGUGCUCAGGAGGAGCCCCCCGGCACUGAUGGGCUUCUGCCCCUGCCCUUCCUCACACUGAUACUUUGUCCCCACAUGGGGUGGGGAGCAGAGUGCCCGCCCCGUGGAGAUACCGCCCCAGCGGGGGCUGCUACAUCCAUGGCCACCAUGGGGCACUUGGCGGGGCGGGGGGUCUGCCGGCCUCUGGGCAAGGCCCCUGGAGCAUCUCGCCCAGGCUUUUUAUACCUUACAAUGUAACUUUUUUAUUUUAUUUUACUCUAUGAUUAUUCAGGAAUAUUAUCUCUCAGAUAAGUUUAGGGUUAGAUUUCUGAUUUGUAA